AUGGAGAUCAUAACUCUCGCGAUCAGCUUCAUCGGUCUCGUCAUCGCCUCCUAUCUUGUCGAGAGGGUGUUUAGCACGCUCAAAAAUGGACGCCGUCCCCCCCUGCCGCCCGGCCCCAAGGGUUUACCCAUUGUCGGCAACGUGAAUGAUCUACCAAAGCCCGGUGUACUAGAGGCUCACCACUGGGUGAAGCACAAAGAGUUAUAUGGUCAGUUCAACAACAUGCCAGGCCCAUAA